AUGGUAAUACCUACAAAUUCUGUUCUAGAUCCAAACAUUCCCAACGUGACUGUGACACGAAUGACUCUGAUCUGCACUGAAGCACCAGAACCAAUCACCAUGGACCUUACUGGUGACCUCCAGGCCUUGAAGAGCACAAAGUUCGUGUUAAAGGAAGGUGUUUCCUACAAAGUGAAAAUCCACUUCAAAGUAAAUAAAGACAUUGUUUCUGGAUUGAAAUACAUUGCAGUCACCUACAGGAAGGGGAUAAAAGUGGAGAAGACAGCUUUCAUGGUGGGUAGUUAUGGCCCACGCGCUGAGGAAUACGAGUUUGUGUCCCCCUCAGACGAAGCCCCGAAGGGUCUGGCAGCCCGUGGCCAGUACACAGUGAAAUCCAGCUUCACAGACGAUGACAAGACCGACCACUUGAGCUGGGAGUGGCUCCUGUGCCUGAAGAAGGAGUGGAAGGAAUAGUCAGUAUGGGAGCGAGAACGUUCCUGCGAGUGCAUCCUGCCACCCCCAUCACCUGCCAUCCCCAUCACCUGCCAUCCCCAUCACCUGCCACCCCCAUCAC